AUGCGUAGUACCAUCUCUUCCACCUCCGUCAUAGCCGCUGUUGCAGCCCUCGCUGGUCUCGCCGGCUCUGCUCAGGCCCAGCUCGACCCUUCCCUCAUCACCGGACUUUCCUCCGGCUGUGCCUCUGGUCUCGUCGGCAUCGUCGCCAGCUCCAACAUCUCCAGCUGUCUUUCCCUCGCCAGUGCCGUUGGAGCUCUUACCAGCAGUGGAAAUUCCUCCGUCGUCCCCGGCCUCAACUCCUACCUCAGCGACAACAUCUGUAGUUCCAACAAGCCCGCCUGUACCAAGGACCAGCUCUCCUCCGCCAACGACACUCUUCUCCAGAGCUGUGGUUCCGACCUCCGCGCUAAUGGUGGUGCCAACAUUCCUGCUUUGGUUUACUACUUCAUCAACUCUUAUGACAAGCUUCGUACUGCCGGCUGUCUCCAGAACUCCCAGGGAGAAUACUGUUUGACAAACGAGAUGUACAUGCUCCAGAACGUCACCCAGAUGCCCAUCACCUUCAGCAGCGUUCAGCAAUUGCUUAACAACGAACAGACUCAACAGCAGAGCUUGAUGGCGCUCUCUGCCAACAAGACCGCUUUCUGCACAGACUGCACUCACGGUCUUUACGCUACACUCUUCCCUAGCAACUCUAACCAGCAGUUGGCAGGUGCUGUCGCUCAAACUUGCAACCAGACUUUCCUCGAUGGUAACGUUCCUUCUACCCUCAAGAGCACUGCUAAUGGUAACUCGACCACGGCUUCUAGUUCUUCGUCCGGUAGCGGAAGCGGUUCGGGUAACUCCGCUGCUGGUCUCAACACUGGUGCUGUUGUUGCUUUCUCCUCGGCUCUCGCUGCCGUUGCUGCCGGUUUUGCCCUUCUCUAA